CAACCUUAGCAGUAUUAGGGUGUGUCGCUAUUGAAUCCUUGGAUAAGCCACAUCUUCGUCCAAGUCGCAUUUACCGGUUCAGCUUCCAUUCAUUAUGGGCGUUGUGGAAGCCGUAUUCAUACCAUGCUUGGCCGUCGUCGUCGUCUCCUUCGUUCACCUUUCAUCUGCAGCCAGUCUUAAGAAUUUAGAUCAAAGCGAUGCAACAACGAUUAUUGAAAAAUUCAAGCGACAAAUCAAACCAGAUGUCAUUUCGAAACUCCCUUUCUGCCAGCGAUAUGACGGGUCUCGGGGGUUCCGUUGCAGUGACGGUGGUUGUGUACGACUGAGAGAAGUCUGUGAUGGUGAACCUGACUGUACAGAUGAUGCCCAAACAGCAGAUGACGAGGAUGCCAUGUAUUGCUCUGCAAACAACCUUGAAGAGCCAUGUAGCACCUAUCAAUGUUCAGGAGGGCAGUGUAUCCCCUGGGAUUCAACGUGUGAUGGUGAUCCAGUAGACUGUGAAUAUACUGGAGAGGAUGAGACUGAGGCACUUUGUGGAGUUACAUGUCCUGGUGACGUCCGAAGGUUCCACUGUAAUAAUUCGGUUUGCAUCACACGAUCCCUGAUCUGCGACCUCCUUUGUGAUUGUUACGAAUGCGAUGACGAAGUCGGUUGUGCAGAGCAUACUUAUCCAUGUGAUGACAAUAAGCAGUUCAGAUGUGAUGAUGGUACUUGUAUUCUUGAUGAUCAAUUGUGUGAUGGAAAGAAGAAUUGCCCUUCGGGUGAAGAUGAAGAAGGUUGUACAGAUGAUCAUGGAUGCCACAUUCGACAAGAAUUUUACUGCGAGGCAAACUAUCGUUGCCUUCAUCGCGACAGGCGGUGCGAUGGUGCGCUAGACUGCCCCAAUGGGAAUGACGAGAAAGCAUGCGGUUUCACCACUUGUUUCAGUGAAGAGUUCAGAUGCGCUAGCGGAAAGUGUAUCGGAAGAGAAAAACGGUGUGACAGGGUGGUUGAUUGUCCAUUGCCCGGAGACGAUGAAAUCGGCUGUAAUCGAGAAUGCAAUGAGGAGGAGUUUGAAUGCCUUGAUGGUGAGUGCAUCCCUCUCUACCGGGCCUGCGAUGGAUUUGCAUUCGACUGCAAAUCCUACUACGGAGAGGAUGAAGACGGGUGUGGUCAGAGAAGAUGUCCGCAGCACUGGUAUUCUUGCUUCAAUGGUCGGUGCCUACCUGAAAACUGGAGGUGCGAUCGAGAACCAGAUUGCAGCUUUGGUGAGGACGAGACCAACUGCGGACAAACGAUCGUUUCAGCUUGUGUUCAGGGAGAGUUUAGCUGUGGUGACGGUCACUGCAUCUCUGAAAGACAUAAAUGCAAUGGCUACAAUGACUGCAACAAUGGACUGGAUGAAGAAAGUUGUAACCUAGUUACAUGUCCUGUAGGACAAGUCGACUGUGGUAACAACUAUUGUGUUGUUGGUGGAAGAUGUGAUGGCACGUUUGACUGCAGCAACAGACAAGAUGAAAGUGGUUGUCCAUCUACAACAACUACAUGUCCAGCUGGGCAGGUUGACUGUGGUAACAACUAUUGUGUUGUUGGUGGAAGAUGUGAUGGCACGUUUGACUGCAGCAACAGACAAGAUGAAAGUGGUUGUCCAUCUACAACAACUACAUGUCCAGCUGGGCAGGUUGACUGUGGUAACAACUAUUGUGUUGUUGGUGGAAGAUGUGAUGGCACGUUUGACUGCAGCAACAGACAAGAUGAAAGUGGUUGUCCAUCUACAACAACUACAUGUCCAGCUGGGCAGGUUGACUGUGGCAACAACUAUUGUGUUGUUGGUGGAAGAUGUGAUGGUACGUUUGACUGCAGCAACAGACAAGAUGAAAGUGGUUGCCCAUCUACAACAACUACAUGUCCAGCAGGAAAAGUUGACUGUGGCAACAACUAUUGUGUUGUUGGUGGAAGAUGCGAUGGUACGUUUGACUGCAGCAACAGACAAGAUGAAAGUGGUUGUCCAUCUACAACAACUACAUGUCCAGCCGGACAGGUUGACUGUGGCAACAACUAUUGCGUCUAUGGCACAAGAUGCGAUGGCAAGACCGACUGCAGCAAUGGGAGUGAUGAAGAUGGCUGUAUUCUUCCAUUUAUAGAUCUUGAAGGGACUGUGAGGUCUUUGGUUGAGGCUGUGGAAUCUCUUGAGCAACGAGUGACAAAUUUGGAGCAAUUAGACUUACAGAAUACUUUGCUUUACCUUCAAGACCAGAUCGAUUAUAUCUUUGCUUCGCAGCAGUAUUAUGCACAUUCAGAUGAAGAAGAGGAGGAUCUAAUGACUACUCAACCUGCCACAGUGGGCACAGUGGAAGGAGGUAUUCCUGAUACGACGUCGAAGACGAAUUUAGCAUCAACAAAAACUUCAACUACAUCAUCGGCAGCCGAUAAUGUUGCGUCGACACCGAUUUCAUCAACUGCAUUAUCGGCAGCCGAUAAUGAUGUUGCAUCGACACCAACUUCAUCAUCUGCAUCAUCAUCAGCCAAUGCUGAUGUUGCGUCGACACCUACUUCGUCAACUGCAUCAUCGGCAGCCAAAAAUAAUGUUGCGUCGACACCCACUUCGUCAACUGCAUCAUCGGCGACCAAUAAUGAUGUUGCGUCGACACCCGCUUCGUUAACUGCAUCAUCGGUGGCCAAUAAUUAUGUUGCGUCAAAACCAACUUCAAAUUCUUUACACUAUGCACAUUCGGAUGAAGAAGAGGAGGAUCUAAUGACUACUCAACCUGCCACAGUGGGCACAGUGGAAGGAGGUAUUCCUGAUACGACGUCGAAGACGAAUUUAGCAUCAACAAAAACUUCAACUACGUCAUCGGCAGCCGAUAAUGUUGCGUCGACACCGAUUUCAUCAACUGCAUUAUCGGCAGCCGAUAAUGAUGUUGCAUCGACACCAACUUCAUCAUCUGCAUCAUCAUCAGCCAAUGCUGAUGUUGCGUCGACACCUACUUCGUCAACUGCAUCAUCGGCAGCCAAAAAUAAUGUUGCGUCGACACCCACUUCGUCAACUGCAUCAUCGGCGACCAAUAAUGAUGUUGCGUCGACACCCACUUCGUUAACUGCAUCAUCGGUGGCCAAUAAUUAUGUUGCGUCAAAACCAACUUCAAAUUCUUUACACUAUGCACAUUCGGAUGAAGAAGAGGAGGAUCUCGUGGCUACUCAACAUGUGGGCGUAGUGGAAGGAGGUAUUCACGAUGCGUCGACAUCCACUUCGUCAACUCCAUCAUCGGCAGUCAAUACUGAUGGUGCGUCGACAUUCACUUCGUCAACUGCAUCAUCGACAGUCAAUACUGAUGUUGCGUCGACAACCCCUUCACCCUCUGCGUCAUCAUCUGUUACUGCCUCUACGCCAUCGACGGUCAAUGAAUCUACAUAGUUUAAAACGAUAGUUUAAAACGACAAAGUAGGUUUCCCAUAAAACUGCACAAAAUGAAUACGGAAAUUCAAGCAAUUAAAUUUUAUAGUAUCCAAUGCACACGGAUUAUAUUUUCUUGAUCAACAGUAAGGGCAUUGUUUUCUAGAAGGUUUCAGCUUCGUAUUGGUCCUUCCAAGUACCAUGUUUUGUAUGGUACAAAAUGGAUUUUGAAAUUUCAAAUGAAAAUAUAUUUGCUUGAGUCACAGCCUAUGCAAUAUAAAUUGAACCUCAUCUGCACAAUUUCUCAGCCAUUGGUAAAAAAAGUUGAUGACUUAUUGAUAAAACCGUUUUCUGAAGUACACAUGUCAUUUGUUAUCAAUGUUAUUUUGUUUUAAAUAAUUUGACAAAAACGUCAAGCAUGUUGUAAUAUUCAACAAAAUUUUCUUAACGGAUGCUCACAAUUCAGUAUUAUUCUAACAUAUCUUAUUCGUUCAUUUGUAGUUUUCACUUUGAUUGUGCAUUUUACUUUUUUUAAAGA